GCCUGUCGUCAUUGCUAUUGCUUCGGACAACUUGGCCGCCAUAAUCAAACAACUGUGUUUUCUUCGUAUAAUGGACAUUUGACAUUAGAAAAGGCAUCCGUGACAGUGUGCAUCGGUAUCGGUUAUCCAAAUGAGCGGAAAACUAGAUGUGAACCGUCGCGUCCUGGCCAUCCAGGCCAAGAAGAAACGGCACAAGCCGUCGAAAAAGAAAGGAAAAAACGAAAUGAACGGGCAUGGUGGCGAAAAUCGGCACAGUUCGAAGAACGAGCCGUCGCACAGCUCGAGCAACGAGACAAUCGAAGAUCCGGACGAGCCGUACACCAGCGAGGAGGAGGAGCAGGAGGACAGCACGGACUAUCGCAAGGGAGGUUACCAUCCCGUCAAAAUAGGCGACCUGUUUCUCGGUCGCUACCACGUAACUAGGAAACUGGGUUGGGGCCACUUUUCCACAGUGUGGCUAUGCUGGGAUCUGGAGGACAAACGGUUCGUCGCCCUCAAGAUCGUCAAGUCGGCGGAACACUUUACCGAAACUGCCCUCGACGAGAUCAAGAUAUUGAAGUCUGUCCGCGAGUCCGACCCGGCCGAUCCGAAACGGAACAAGACCGUGCAGUUGUUGAAUGACUUUAAAAUUAGUGGGGUCAACGGUGUUCAUAUAUGCAUGGUGUUUGAAGUAUUAGGUCACCACUUACUCAAGUUGAUCAUUAAAUCUAAUUAUCGAGGUAUACCACUAGCAAAUGUACGUACUAUUAUGAGGCAAGUUUUAGAAGGCCUCGACUAUUUACAUACUAAAUGUCAAAUCAUCCACACCGAUAUCAAGCCAGAAAACGUCCUCGUCUGUGUAAGUGAGGAAUACAUCAGACGGCUAGCUUGUGAAGCUGCCGAAAUGCACCAACUAGGUUUAAAACUUCCAACGUCUCUUGUCAGCACAGCACCCAUUCAAGAAGCUCACCAACAAAAGAUGAGCAAAAACAAAAAGAAAAAAAUGAAAAAGAAGGCCAAACGUCAGAACGAGUUGCUCAAACGACAAAUGGAGCAGAUCAUAGAACUCGAGGAACAACAGAAGAAAAACAAAGAAAACGGCGACGUCAAUGGCGACAAGGAUUUCAACGGCAUCACCCAAGAAACCAGUCCCGGCACGACACCCGAAAACGACAAUGAAAAACUAAUGAACGGCUGCACCGACGACAUAAUACCGGUCAGCUGCGAAGACGUCAGUGAGCCCAUCAUCCACAUGUCGGAGGAUGACUCGCCGUCCCUCACGUCCAAAAGCGAAACCAAAAUCGAAACCGAAUUAGAUCCAGCCUUUGUCGAAUGCGAAUUCGACGUGAAAAUCGCCGACCUGGGCAACGCCUGCUGGGUCGACAAACACUUCACCGAGGACAUCCAAACAAGACAGUACCGAUCCCUGGAAGUGCUCCUCGGAGCCGGCUACAACACGUCCGCCGACAUCUGGAGCACGGCGUGCAUGGCAUUCGAACUGGCCACCGGCGACUACCUGUUCGAACCCCACUCCGGCGAGGAUUACUGCCGCGACGAAGAUCACCUGGCCCACAUCAUCGAACUGUUAGGCAACAUCCCACGCAGGAUAGCCCUGAGCGGCCGGAACUCCCGACUAUUCUUCAACAAGAAGAGCGAACUGCGCCAUAUUAACGGGCUGAAGCCUUGGGGUUUGGAGGACGUGCUGACGGAGAAGUACGACUGGAACCGCGAGGACGCCGAGGAGUUCGCUGCCUUCCUCAAGCCCAUGCUCGACUUCGAUCCGGAUCGCAGGGCCACCGCUGCUGAAUGUCUCAAGCACGCAUGGCUCAACAAGUAGCCACAGCUCUCUUUAGGUGACUGAUUCAUUUAAAUUGCUUUAUUUGCCGAACAAUGCAUUUAGGAUAGUUUUUAAUUUAUAAAGCAUUUCGUUCGGGAUUCUGGUAAUUUAUGUUAAUCCGGUUCAUACAGGGCCUUUGUUUCAUGUACAUAGAAAUGUAAUAGAAAAUUGUGAUGUAUGUUUUAUAGACAAUAUAUCUGUAAUCCCUGGCUGCUGUAAUGUUAUCUUUUUUUGUUGCGCCAUUGUAAUUUAUUUUUUAAUCCAGUUUUACUUGGCGGUCAGGGAGAAGUAGUAGGAUAUCUACCCUGUUCGAUAUAUUCGAAAAAAAAUAUUAGAUGCGCUGACAAGAUCUUGUAUCUGUUCCAUACUAGUUAAAGCACCAAGAUUUGUAUUUAAAAAUAAGUAUACAAUGUACAUUGAAUCUCAUUAAUGAGUAUAUACUAAAUUGAU